GGCUCCGCGGCUUCAGCAUGGCUGCUUUAGGUACCCUGCUUUUGACAGGUGUCCGGAAGCUGCACAGUAGCGUGGCGGCUCGGGCGGGCAGUCAGUGGCGACUCCAGCAGGGCCUGGCUGCUAACCCCUCUGGCUACGGGCCCCUUACGGAGCUCCCAGACUGGUCUUACGCGGAUGGCCGCCCUGCGCCUCCAAUGAAAGGCCAGCUUCGAAGAAAAGCCCAAAGGGAGAAGUUUGCAAGACGAGUUGUACUGCUGUCACAGGAAAUGGAUGCUGGCUUACAGGCAUGGCAGCUCAGGCAGCAGAAGUUGCAGGAAGAAGAAGGGAAACAGAAAAACGCUCUUAAACCCAAAGGGGCUCUACUGCAGAACCCACUACCAAGUCAAUAAAAAGCAAUACCUGUCUCCCUUUCCCAGCCUCUCUCUGGCUUUCUUCUCUAUCACCUAUAUGCCUCAUCCUGGUCAGAAGAGAGCCUUCACGUUCCCCAUCUGUCUUCCCGGCACAAGAGCUUGGACACCAGAAAGAACAGCCUGUAAGAUCACUGCCUGGAAGAGUUGGCUUAGUGCCCUCAUCACUGGCUCUGUUCCAAUUCAGUGGAACCUCGCUCUGGGAUGCUUCCCUCCUUCACGAGCCAUAGGACUGGCCCAACUAUGAACAGUAGCUGCUCUGCGAACUGCUACGAAAAAGGGGCAGCAGUUUUCCUGGUGUUAGCUAGGCACUCAAGCCUUUAACAGCCCAUACACAGCUCAGGCUGU